AGUAUUCAUAGUGUCUCAUCUGAAGUGGUCAGAAUCAGUUUAUCUCCAAAGCUUGAUUAUCUGAAGCGCCAGUGAGCCAGUUCUUCAGCUUCUUUCAAAAUGGGAAAAUUAAUCUCUGCUAUUUUCCUGCUAAAUGCGAUCUUUGUGAUCGCUUUGGCAUUAACCGAAGAGGAGGAGUAUCAGAUGUUGGUUCAACAAAUGGCAACUGAAGGUGCUGAUGUUCCUCAGGAUGUCGUUGAAACUGCCUCCUUAGCUGCUGCCGAACAUCCAACUGAAGAAGUAACCUACGGCUACGAUGAAGACAGCCAAUACCCUCCCUACCUCUGGAGUGAAAAGUGGCCAACAUGCAAAGGAUUGAGACAGAGCCCUAUUAAUUUGACUCCUGCAACAUGCAAACUCGAUUACUCUCGCCAUCCAUUGAAACUCAACCGUUUCUACACUGUCCCAACCACCACGACCAUCACGAAUCUCGGACAUACAGUUCAGUUCUCCUUCACUUUUGGCAAAUACGGACCAACUGUUACCCGAGGAAUCCUCAACAAGAAGACCUACUUGUUCGCCCAAGCUCAUUUCCACUUUGGCAGGACUGAUGAUAUUGGAUCUGAGCAUACCAUCGAUUCAAAAUCAGCCUCACUUGAGCAACAUUUGGUCUUCUACAAGGCUGAAUAUGGAGACGUCAUGACGGCUUCUGAGCACUCUGAUGGUCUUAUUGUUGUUGCCACCCUCUUCCAAGCCACUGACAAUGUUGCUAACAAAAUCUACACGGAGAAUUUGGGACAAGUUCUUCAACCCGGAGAUUCAUUCACUCUCAACGGAGCUAAGGGAUACAGUCUUCUUAACUUUAUUGAAACUCAAAAUGUCAAGCAUAUCCGCUACUCUGGCAGCUUAACUACACCACCAUGCUCUGAGUCUGUAACAUGGUACAUCUCCACUUCAGUCCGACCUAUCAGCCAUGCCGAUUUGGCUGCAUUCCGUGCUCUAUUCGGUGAACAUGGAGAACCAAUGGCUGGGGAUACUCGUCCAACUCAAUUAACCAACGGACGCGUCUGCUACAUGCGCUAAGAACUUUAAUAAAAACGUCUUUCCUUCGUUUAUUCAAAAUUUCCUUUUUCAUCUAAAUUCUUCUUUUAAACUUUUUUUUUUGUAAAUUUUUACUGAUUAAAUAAAAACGUUUCUUUUUGUCAUUAA